CUGCGAGACCCUCUCUGGUGUCUUCAUGGAGGUUUUGGGGUGCAGGUCCCCGAUUUCAGCCCUCUGGCCCCAAAUUUUGGCCGGCUGUGGGCAGAGGGGCCGUGGCUGAGGGCACAGCCCGGCCCAUCCUUUGGCCUAAAGGUCUGUCAUACCCCGGCUCAAUCUGACCCAAAAACACAGCUAAAAGGGCCAAAUAUUACCCAUUCCAUAAAAUAUUGCAGCUUAGGGAGCAAAUCCAGCCUGGAAUGAGGGAAAAAGAAGCAGAUUCUGGUGUUUCUCCUCACACCACAACCCACACCACCACCAGCAGCAGGGCCAGAAUCCCCUCAGCUCUGCUUUAUAUUCGCAUCAUUCACCAAUUUAGGUGCUUUUGGGGACAGAUUUUCACCACCAAUCUGACACAGAGACUUUAUCCUAAGCAAAACCACGUGUUUUUUGUAAAUUUUCAGUGUAGGUCGGGGGGGUAACAAGUACUGAGGUAACUCCAUGGGUGCGCUCGGUGCUCUGAGGUCUGUCAUUCCUCACUUAAACUUGUACUUUUAAAGUCAUUAUUUUAUUUUAUUUUAUUUUAUUUUAUUUUAUUUUAUUUUAUUUUAUUUAUUUUUUAUUUCAUUUUAUUCCAUUCUAUUUUACUCUAUAUUAUUUUUACACGGCAAAGAGAAAACCGUGGAAAAACAAAUCAAAACUGAGCUAAUAUUGGAGGCGACUGAGUUCAUGCUCAUAGUGAUGAGGAAGGGAAGCAGAAACAUCCCAAAGCAAUCUCCAAAGUAAACACCCCUUUCUGCAAUAAAUGUUUGCCAAAUGCUAACACAGGGCUCCGAGAAAUAUCAGCACUAAAGUGCAUCCAUUAGCAGGAGUUUAGCGACUGCUUAAGGGGACCAGGGGUGGAAGUUGAUGCUUUCUGCCCUGUAAACAAAUUAGUUUAUAGCAGCAAAUGGGAUGACCCUUCUUAGCUAAUGUUAUGAGUUGAGCUUGUUAAAUAUUUAACAUUUACCUCUCCAUUUCCAGUGUGGAUUAAGCAGUUCUCCAAACACCGGUGUCCCAGCAGCAGAUGGAGAUGCACAGCCCAUUGCCCAGCCCUGGCUGAACUCCCUAAGAAAUAAAAAAAAACCACGUUAAGUCAAAGAGAGGAAGCGAGUGGGAGCUUUCAGGAAAGGCUUUAAAACCGGCUGUUUGCACUCAUUUUGAUUUACAUUAAUUUUAUCUAGCUCUGCUCUACAUUAAAACAGUGAUAAUCAGUUUAACUUCCAUCAGAUUGAGCAGACGCAGACUGGAAUUGGACAAACACUUCCAAAAAACCUCGCUGGUGGCAAAGUAUUUUUUCCUUCCACAUAACACAGACCCAAGGUUGAAUUUAUGGGAGCAGCAGGACGAUGAGCUGCAGGGCAGGGGACAGCUGCCCCUCCACCCCCAGCCACAAACCCCGGCGGAGCCGCCGCCGCUCCAGAGGCUGCUGGGACACCUUGGACACGGAUUCCCAGGCCCUGUCAGCACUGGGACACUUCCAAACCCUCCCCUUAGAGAUCUUCCACAUGGUGUUGAAAUAUCUCUCAGUGAAGGACAUCAGCACGCUGAGCAUGGUGUCCAAAACCCUCGGCCAGCAGCUGAUUCACUACAUCUCCACCUCGGCGGGGACCCGCCGGCUCCUCCUGCAGGACUUCCACAACCUGGAGCUCCCCGGCAGGAGGGAGGGAGCCUCCAUCCUGGAGCACUACAAGUCUCUAGGGCUGCUGUUGAAGAGGUGCACGUUGCUGCUGCCCACCAGGGACAGGCUGAAGUACGUACACAAGGUACUCUCAGAAGUUUCCUGCUUUAAGCUCAGUGGUUGUGCCAGCCCUCUGCACUGCCUGGGGUUAAAGUGCUACGGGGUGUUUUUACAGAUCCUGACAGCAGGCUGGGAUGAACUCGAGUGCCACCGGGUCUUUAACUUCCUCUGGGAGCUGAGCAGCUUGGCCAGGAAAGUGCAGACAGUUGUCAGCAGCAGAGCAGGCAGUGCCAGGAAGCUGGAGCUGAGGAUCAGGCUGUACUGCAGGAGGGUCCUGCUCAACCACUGGAUCCACAGGAGCGACUCUGCCUUUUGGCUCACCCGGAUUUUGAAGCCCUGGCCCAUCGUGAACCAGGCCCGGCUGCUCUACAUCAUCUUUGGGCCCGUGUCCUCUCUGGAUGGACACGUGGUGUGGCAGAAAAUGAUAGAAGGACCAACAGAUGAGAGCAGUCUGAAGGGUUUAGCUGAAGCAAUUAAGCUGCUGUAUGACACAGAAGCCAGGGAAUGGACAGCAGAUGAUGUUAUCAGCCUCGUGGAUGAGCUGUCAGUUGUACCCCAGGAAUGGCUCAUGGAGAACAGCGCUCGGCUCCUCCUCCUCAGUGGGAACAACAUCUGCUUCACCUUCAUGGCCAGCAAGGCUGUGAAUGGCAGGGCUGUGGAGCUGGCCAGGCUCAUGGUCUUCAUGGCUUUGGUGUGUGAGAAGGACCUUUACUGCAUGGACUGGGUGGUGAAAAUGAUGCAGAAGGUCUGCAGGGUUUUCAGCACUCCCUGGGAGAGAAACAACUUCCUGCAGUGCCUGGAGAACACCUUUGCUCACAUGCUCAUGGACAUGCUGCAGGCAGUGCUGGCUGGGGGGCACGACGAGGAGGACAACACCUUCCUGAAUUUAUUCCACCUGGUGAACGCACAGGCAAACUUCCACAAGGAAAUCCUGUUCCUGGCCAUGAGGAGCAGCCCCAGCAGCACCUGAGCUCUGCAGACUCUCGCUCCUGGGUUUGGUUUUGAACAUUUGCAAAGAAGUGUCCAGUUAUUUCUUCGGUUCCCAUUCCAGCUGGAGUGGCAGAAGUUGGGACCACCCAAGUCAGCCCAGCUGAAGGAGCUCCAGGAGCUUUUGGGGACUCCAUCGUGGGGUUCCUUGAGCUCUGCUUCUCCAGGGAAGCAGCCUGAGGCCUCUCCCUUGGGAGCAUGAACUGCAUUCUUUUCCCACUGUGCAUGUUUGCACACACAGUAAAAACGACAUGGUUUCCAUACUCAGACACCAACUGAGGAAUGUUAUCUUAGUUCAGAACCCAAAGCAUUUUGAUCUUUAAAAUGUGUUUUCUCUCGGGAAUCCGAGGAGAAAGAGAUGGAUGGGAUCAGAGGAGCGCAGCUACAUUUCUCCAGCCUGCCAGGGCCUCUCUCACUGACUCAGAGGUUCUGUGGCAGAAACAUUCCUGACUUUGGAUGCUCAGCCACAGCCAGAGAUGAUUCCUGAAAGCAGUUCAAGUGCUUUGACCAAGCAAGGCAUUUUUUUCCCCCCCUCAACCUCCAGGUUUUCAUAAAGCAGAAGGAACUCCCAAAUCCCUCCCCCUUGCCCCAGGUAACAACUGUUGAAGUGUUUUGGCCUCCCCAGGACUUUGCCGAGUUGAAGACACCCGUUAAAUGCACAUUAAAUUAAGUCACUGGUUCAUUAAAUGUAUAAAUGUUUCCUGCUUUAGAAAGGGGUUGGAUUUUCUGCUCUGUUGCCUUCAAAACAAAAGCACGUGACGGGAAUAAAAAGCACUUACUGUCCGGGGGCUGUUUCCAACGGGGCUGUUUCCUUCAGGUCAUUAAAGAGCCGCUUUCUCCGCCCCAGGAAUCCCUUCCCGAAGGUUUCAGUCUUCCUUCGGGACCGGGGUUUGGCUGGAAGGGGAGCCACGUUCAGCUCUGGAAGCGUCAGAACAGCUGAAGUGGGAGCGAUUUAUCUCAGCUGCCCCCACCUGAUUCCGCCAGGAACGAGCCGGGAUGAUUUGCUUGGAAGUUUGUUAGGAAUUCCUCCGCGUUUGUCGAGUACACGAUUCCAGGCAGGAUCCUGGCAGGUGCCGGCAGGUGGCAGAGGUGAAACCUUCCCUGCCGGAAAACCCUGGGAACGCCCCUUUUCCCUCGCCGUUCGAAGGUGAUUUUUUGGGGAACGCGCUGCAGCUCCGCGUGAUUUCCGAGGGAAGAGAAACUCCGGCCUCUCGUUUCUGCUCAGAGGAACCGAACGUGUCCGGACUGAUCCCCACGAGGAGAAAACAGCGACGG